AUGUCUUUUCAUCAGAAAAAUCUACAAUGUUUACCUGAUCAACCCCUUCAGACCCUCAGUGAAACCCAGGGCCUGGAGGCUGAACAGGAAUCUAAGGCUCUGGAGGAGACAUGUCUCUUCUCCCAUCCUUCAAUGCCUGGCAGUUCGAAGGAGGCUCCUGAUGCUGGUAUCCCCAGUUCCUCUGAGAGUCCUCAGAGUUUCUGCCCCACCUCAGUUGUCACCACAGUCAAUUUAUCAAGUGAAUCUGCUGAGAGCUGCAGUAGCCAAGAGGAGGAGAGUAGCACCUCAGAGUCAGAUCUAGACCCCAUGGAUAUAUCCACAAUUGCUAUAGAUGAAAAUGUGGCUACGUUGGUGAAUUUUCUGCUGUUCAAGUAUCAAAUGAAAGAGCCAGUAACCAAAGCUGAUAUAUUGAUGAUUAUCAGCAAUGAGUGCGAAGACCACUUCAUUGAGAUCUUCCUGAAAGCCUCUGUACGCAUGGAGAUAAUCUUUGGCCUUGAUGUGAAGGAAGUGGAUCCCACCAACAACUGCUAUGCCGUCCUCAUCAAACUGGGCCUCACCUAUGAUGGGAUGCUGCAUGGUGAAAUUGGCGUGCCUAAGACUGGCCUCCUGAUAGUUAUCCUGGGUGCGAUCUUCAUGAAAGGCAACCGUGCCACCGAAGAAGAAAUCUGGGGAGUUCUGAGUGUGAUGGGUUUAUAUCCUGGGAAGAAGCACUAUAUCUUUGGAGAGCCCAGAAAGCUCAUCACCAAAUAUUUUGUGGAGGAGGAAUACCUGAUGUACCAGCAGGUGGCCAACAGUGAUCCUGCAGAAUAUGAAUUUCUGUGGGGCCCUAGAACCUACGCUGAAACCACCAAGAUGCAAGUCCUAGAGUUUCUGGCCAAGGUUCAUGGGACUGUCCCAAGUUCUUUCCCACCUCAGUAUGAGGAGGCGUUGCAAGAAGAAGAAGAGAGAGCCAGAGCCAGUGCCAGUAAUUUGGCCACUGCUGUUGACUUCCGUGGCCACUGCCAGUUCUAA